CUGAGACUUGCAGUUCAGCAUCACUGAAUUCUGUUUGAACUGUCGAAGAGACGAUCUUUGCAGCCACAUUUCAGCUCAGAUAAGUUUGACGUCUUCAGGAGAAGUCUGCAGCAAUGAGGUUUCUAAUUUCAUUGUGCGUGACAGUACUGCUGCUGAAUAAUGUUGAAAGGAUCAAUGGACAAACAUCAGCAGCUGCAACCAACACAGAUGAUGACCCAUGCUAUGACUACACCAUUCUUGACAAACAUGAUAUAAGCCCAGAUGAUUUCUUUGCUGUGUAUAAUUAUAUAUAUGGAUAUGAGGACACUCUAUUUGAAAGGGAUGGCUGGUAUAGAUUCUUCUUUAAUGGAUCGAGUGCUCAGAUGCCUGAGUGGUGUUUCAGUUCAAUGUCAUGUGGAGGUUAUAGUUCUCUGUGGCUCGAUGGCCCUCAUCCUCAGCUAGAAGAUGGAAUUGUUACUCGUGACGUCUACGGCUCUUAUUACGAAUCGUGCAGAUACUACAGAUCCUACCCAAUCCAAGUCAAAGCUUGUGCUGAAAAUUAUUAUGUCUACAAACUUGUAAGACCUAAUCGAAUGAUCCCAGACCCCGCAUAUUGUGCAGUUGUUGUCUCCAGUCCACCGAGUGUUGACCCCUGCUACAGUUAUAACAGUCUGGAUGAGCCGUGGAGAGCAAAUACAAUUUUGACUGAUGAUUACAGCAAUUUAAGAUGUGAUGGUGAUGUCAACUGGAAUGGCUGGUACAGGCUGUUCGUCAAUGGUCAGAGUGCCCAGAUGCCACAGUCAUGUGUUAGUUAUGGCAUGUGUGGCACAUAUCACGCAAUGUGGCUCAACGGCCCUCACCCACAGCUAGAAGAUGGAGUGGUGACCCGGCACGUCUGUGGUUCCACUUUGAGAAACUGCUGUGGUUACACCUUUCGUCCCAUUCAAGUCAAAGCUUGUCCAGGAAAUUAUUAUGUGUAUGAGUUUUUCAGGCCAAUAAACUGUGCAGCUUACUGUGCAGAAGUCACAAACCCGACAACAAUGUACACAACAGCAGAGGCAAUCCCAGUCACAGAAAUCAGUGGCGAAGGAGACCGCUGUUCUGAGCUCAACUGCACUGAGGAUGAACGCUGUGAAGAGGAACAUGGUGUUUACGGCUGUUUCUGCAAGGACAACCAUCACAGAUCUCAGCGUGACUCCUUUGAUUCUCUUGACUUUUCUCUCUCAGAUUUCAUUCAAACCUGUGAUAGCAGCUCUGGCUUCAUGUCUCUGUCUCGCUGUCAGCUCUUUGAGGCUGGUUUUUCUUCUGAUAUCUUACACCUCAAUGAUCCCAGCUGCAGAGGAACAGUCCGGAAUGGCAGAGUGGAGUUCUGUUUUGACAACAAUGACCACAUCUGUGGUACAAGUCUUGUGGCCAAUGGCACCCACUUCAUCUAUGAGAACUUUAUUCUGGGGGUUUCUGGAUCUGGGAAUAUCAUCAGCAGGGAAAAAUAUCUGAGGAUCCAUUUCAGCUGUGUGUACCCACAAACCCAAUCACUCACAAUGGACAUCAACCCUCUGGAGAGCAUUGUGCACAGGAUCCUUCCUGCUGGUCAAGGGACCUAUCAGGUCAGGAUGAUUCCCUAUCAGGAUGCUGAAUUCUCACACCCCUUCACUGGGAAUGUGAACGUAGAGCUGAACCAGAGUAUUUUUGUGGAAGUUCGUGUUGAUGGAGUCGACAGCCGUCAGUUUGCUUCAGUGAUUGACACAUGUUGGGCUACACCUGUGAAUGAUCCCCAUUCCUCUGUCCGCUGGGACCUCAUCGUUGACAUGUGUCCCAGUCCAAAUGACAAAGUGGAGCUUCUGCAGAAUGGUGUUUCCACAUCCAGCCGUUUCUCCUUCAGCAUGUUUACGUUCAUUGCAAACUCCGCGAAGGUUUACCUGCACUGCUCUAUUCACCUUUGCCUUCUGUCAGGCAAUCGCUGCUCAGUGCACUGUGACUCGGAACAAAGCGGGAGAGAGGGCAGAUCUGUGGACAUCCAUGAGAAUACUUCCAUAUCCAUGGGUCCAUUGAUGUGGUCUGACAGUAGCAAAGGUGAACAGCUCCCAUACCAAGUGGAGGGAUCCAGGGCUCCAUGUCUGUGUGCUUCUCUGAUGAUGUUACUCAUUUCUAUCAUGAGUGUCCUGAUAUCCUUUUAGAAUAUUUCCACUAAGAAUAAUUUUAGGAAUUCUCCCUGUAAUCUCUUUUUGAUUGUAAUUUCCUUUUGGUGAACAUGCUGACCUUACCAUAUGUUACUAAAUCUCCUUAUGUUAAAAAAUACUAUGGUGCUUUGUGGACAUUGUUGAAUUGAUUUUACUUUGAUAAAUGUAACAAGUCUUUUUACUCAUGGGAUGGAAUAUUCAAAAAAUAUUUUAAAAUGACUAAGCAAACUGA